CCAGUCGUUAUGUCGUGUAUGUAAACUCGUGAUUAAUAGCAACGUUCUCAUCGAAUUUUCGCGAGUUUCACGAGCGUAUGCGGAAACGAGGCGGGGCGAGCAAACAUCCGGGUAGUAAUCUCCUGACAGGUCAUGUGACGUGACGUCGGAGCGUGUCAGCUGACUGCGCCGCGCCAUUGAGAGACGUCCAGGCCGUGGCGUAGACGGAAAGACGCCCCACAUCAUUGAGGCACCGGAGACUGAAAGACGCCCGACGUUGAGCUUCUCGAGGUCGUCUUCGGUCCACGAUGGCGAGUCAGUCUCAGGGCAUCCAGCAGCUGCUGCAGGCCGAGAAAAGAGCCGCGGAGAAGGUGGCGGAAGCCCGCAAACGUAAAAACCGGCGUCUGAAGCAAGCCAAAGAAGAAGCUCAAGCUGAGAUUGAACAAUACCGACUGCAGAGGGACAAAGAGUUUAAGACCAAAGAGGCGGCGGCACUGGGUUCCCACGGCAACAGCGCGGUGGAGGUGGACCGCGACACGGCCGAGCGCAUGGGUCGCAUCCAGGCCAGUUACCGUGGCAACCGGGACGUGGUGCUGGGUGACCUCCUGCGCCGCGUGUGCGACAUCCAGCCCGAGUUUCACGCAAACUAUCGUGUGGCUGGCUAACUGGCUAGCGUUAGCAUUGCUAGUGUAGCGCUACUUCCUGUGUUUGUUGUUGUUUGGAAAUGUAGAAAUUGUGUUCAUUUUGGUUGUAUUUCCUGAACGUGUCCUAUUAAGUUAUUCUUCUUUUAGUCUCUGCUGUCCUCUGAUUGGCUGCUGAGUGGAGGCUUUUCUUUGGAAACUUCUCCCCAGCUGAGUGUGACUGUGUUAGUGGUGCUGAUGUUGAUAAAUGUCUAUAAAUAUGAAUCGGGUCACUAGUAAUGAUGAUUGUGAUGUCAAAACAAAAUGUAAUACAGAGAAAUUAAAGUCUAUCUCACAAAAGUGAGCACACCCCU